UCGUUAUCAGUUUGUCCGUUACAUUCUUGGCUCAAGUGGUUGGACCAACUGCCAUGUAUGGCUAAAGGAAGAACACUAUAGAGCCCACACUAUGUUCCACUGACCCAUAAUGCAUCAGGGCUUUAUAUAAACCCACAACAAAGACCCCUGGACAUGAGUGAGAGGUUAAUAGCUGUGGGGAACAACUUUUCUGUCUGUAUUUUCAGUAUUCAUACUGAGGAGGCUUAAUAGAAAUCACAUUUGAGACAAGGUCAUUUUCUGAGGCUGGGGUGUAUUAAGAGUGGGAGUGUGUUUUCAAAGUGUUAGUUAGUGUGAAGUACCACUUUAUGUCCUCUGCUAUGGCAUCGCUGACAUCUUCCAGCCGCAGAUCCUCCUCAUCCUAUCGUUCGUCGGCCCGUUACAGCACCUCCAGCUCCUAUCGGUCGGAGGGCUCACUGGGUGGGUCGUCGGAUUCUCUGGACCCCCUUUUUGAGCCCUUUCUGGACUCAGCAGAUGCUUCCAGUCUGUUUGGAGAGGAGGGCCCCGGGGGGCCCAACUGUCUGGCCCCCUUCAGCAGGCACAGUAGAUCGUCCUAUGGACACACCGCUCCAGUAGGUGGUGUUGUGCCAGGCCGUCAGUCCAGUGCAGGCGGCGGGGUGCGAUGUCUGGGAGACAGCUACUACAUAUCAACUGACGUCAGCCAGUUUGAACCGCAUGACGUUGUGGUGAUGGCCUACAACCACCAUGUCGUUAUUCACGCCGAGAAGGUUAUGGAUGAUGGAAGCAUCAGUGACACAUUUACCCAUAAGUCCCUGUUUCCAGAGGAUAUGGACCCCCUUUCUGUGUGUGGGAACCUUAACACUGAUGGUAUCCUGGUUGUGAGCGUCCGCCGGAUCUCCACGCCGGGUGGGCUGGAGCCCCUGGGCGUCCCUACCUAUCACAGUGAAACUCACCUUUGACCUCU